AUGAUCGGAGGAAUUUUCCCUCUUUUUAUCAGAGAGAUAGUGACCACUUCCACGUUUGAGAAGAAGCCACCUGGGGUAGGAUGUGAAGGACUCGACCUUCGGUCUUUCCUUUGGACCAAUGUGAUGAUUUUUGCUAUUGAUGAAAUUAACAAGGAUCCUACUCUCUUACCAAACAUAUCGCUUGGCUACAGGAUCCUUAGCUCUUGUUCAUCUCCUACAAGUGCUUUACAUGCUGCUCUAGCUUUGGCUAGUGGAUUAGAAGAAAUCAACUCAACCUACCCUUGUCCACCAGCUAUUUCUGCCCUCAUAGCAGAGUCAGGAUCAUCUCAGUCUAUAGCUGUGGCUGGAGCUCUUGGACCAUUUAAACUGCCAGUAGUAAGCUACUUCUCAUCCUGUGCCUGUCUUAGUGACAAAGUCAAAUAUCCAACUUUUUUUCGAACUCUCCCAAGUGACUACUUUGAAGCUAAAGCUUUAGCAGCAUUGGUCAGUCAUUUUGGCUGGCAGUGGAUUGGAGCCAUACAGUCAGAUAAUGACUAUGGUCGGAACGGGAUCCUGGCUUUUACUGAAGAAGUUAAAAAGUUUGGGGUCUGUAUUGCAUUUGUUGGAACAAUCCUACGUACAUACUCUCUGGAUAAAAUUCUAAAUGUUGUGGAAAUGAUCAAACAGUCAACUGUCAAAGUCAUUCUGGCAUUUGCAACUGAAGGUGACUUUUAUCCUUUGAUGAAAGAGCUAGUGAAACACAACAUAACAGGAAUUCAGUGGCUUUCUACUGAUGACUGGGUUACACCACCUGAACCCUCCACACUCAAAAUUUACCAUGCUUUAGAUGGAGCCCUGGCAUUUUUGGGUAAGAAGACAGCUAUUCCAAAUUUAAAACCAUUUCUCACAAGCAUUAGUCCCUAUAAGGAUCCAAGUAAAGCUUUUGUAAGAGAUUUCUGGGAGAUUAUGGUUGGUUGUAGACCUGUUUUACCUGGGGAGAACAUUGAGUUGAAUGUGACGUACAAAAUAUGCUCAGGCAAUGAGACAACAGAUUCCCAGCAUACGUUCUUUAAUGUAACAGAACUCAGAGACCCAUAUAAUGUGUAUAAAGCAGUUUAUGUGAUUGCUCAUGCUCUACAUCAGCUGCUAUUCUGCAAACCAGCUGCAGAAAAAGCAGUAAAGCUUUGUUUAAAUAUAUCAGAACUUCAGCCUAAACAGGUUACUGAACAGUUACAAAAGGUGAAUUUCAAAAAUCAGUUUGGAGAUAAUGUCUUCUUUGAUGAGAAUGGUGACCCACCAGCGUAUUAUGACCUGAUUAACUGGCAGCUGAUUAACACAAGGGUUCAACGUGUUACAGUGGGUCAUUAUGCCCCUGUUGCUGAUGGUGGUUAUGAGCUUAGGAUCCAAGAUGAAGACAUUUUGUGGAGGACAGGAAAAACUGUUCCAAAGUCCAUUUGUUCUGACAUUUGUCCAGUAGGUACCAGAAUAUCUCAAAUUAAGGGAAAACCCAACUGCUGCUUUGAAUGCAUCCCAUGUGCUGAUGGAACUGUAGCAAAAUCAAGAGGUGCAGCAGAGUGCUCACCCUGUCCACAGGAAUACUGGUCUAAUAAGAGGAAGGAUGAGUGUAUUCCUAAAACCAUUGAGUUCCUGACAUACCAGGAGCCCAUAGGAAUAGCAGUCACAGUGGUAUCUCUGCUAGGAGCCUCUCUGUCACUGGCCACGUUGAUGGUUUAUAUCCGCUACAGAGAAACCCCUGUGAUUAAGGCCAGCAACUCUGAGCUGAGCUGUUUCCUGUUGUUCUCUCUCUUGCUGUGUUUUCUCUGUCCUCUCACUUUCAUUGGCAGACCUACGGUCUGGACAUGCAUGCUACGUCACACAGCAUUUGGUGUGACCUUUGCCCUUUGUAUUUCCAGUGUCUUGGGAAAAACUAUUGUUGUUGUCACAGCUUUCAAAGCCACAUUUCCAGGCAACAAAGCUGCAACUAAGUUUGGUCCCUCACAGCAAAGGAUCAUCGUUUGCUCCUGCACUGUGAUCCAGAUAAUCAUCUGUGUAUUGUGGCUUAGGCUGAACCCACCUUUCCCAGACAUGGUUUUAAGAUACAGCAAUAAGAAGAUUGUUUUGGAAUGUAACCCAGGCUCUGAGGCAGCUUUCUACGCAGUGCUGGGCUACAUAGGACUGCUGGCAAUAACAUGUUUAGUUCUGGCAUUUCUAGCUAGAAAGUUGCCUAAUAACUUUAAUGAGGCUAAGUUCAUUACGUUCAGUAUGCUGAUUUUCUGCGCUGUGUGGAUCACCUUCAUCCCAGCCUACAUCAGCUCUCCAGGAAAGUUCACUGUAGCUGCUGAAACAUUUGCAAUUUUGGCUUCAGCAUUUGGCUUAUUAAUCUGCAUAUUUUUACCAAAAUGCCACAUUAUUUUCAUUAAACCAGAGAAAAAUACUAAGAGACACAUUAUGGGAAAGGUUUUGGUAAAACAGGUCUACAACCAACCGUUUGUUUUGGAGGUGGAUGCGCCGAGUUCAGGAGCGGGUGCUGUCCUGUCCCAGCAGCAGGCUGAUGACUGGAAGGUGCACCCGUGCGUCUUCUUCUCCAAGCGGUUCUCAGCAGCGGAGCAGAAUUAUGACGUGGCAAACCGGUAG